UUUUAUUUUUUAAACAUACUCGUGGGGUUUACUUGAACCCCUCAUUACAACGUAGCGUCGCCCGUGCUGGAGAGUGACCAAAAAAGCAACGAGAGGAGAGUGACAGCAGGGCCGUGACCGGCGAGCUAGGAGAGCCCGGGCUAAUGCUUUUCCAUGGAAUUGCUCUGAUACACACUGUUUGUAAUACAGUCGUGUUUUGGCAGAGAAAAAUCAACUCCCUCCUAGUGCAACUAACAAUUCCCUAUCUCAGUUGCUGAUCGAAGCUGAUACUAUGCUCUUGCUCUUAGAGUAGUAACAUUGACUAUAUGGCUAAAGACAAAAGAGAAAAUGAAGUUAUGAAGGUCAAAAUUGUUCUCAUAUUUAAUAAUACCAACAAUGCGAUACCCAUAUGGGAUGAAUUUGACAACACUGAUUGCAUUGUUGCAAGCAUGUGCCCAACACAAGAACCUCAGGAAAGGAAAAGAAAUCCAUGCCUACAUUCUCAUCAGUGGCUACCUAAGCUCCCCGCUAUCAACAACUAGCCUUAUCAACAUGUACUCCAAGUGUAAUAGCAUCACCGAUGCCUUAACGAUUUUUGAUACGUCAACCCAUCACCAAAACCAAAACCCGUUUGCUUAUAAUGCGAUUGUAGCUGGGCUCAUCGCCAAUGACAUGCCGAGACCUGCAUUGGAAUCUUACUGGAGAAUGCGGUUGGCAGGUAUUAGGCCAGACAAGUUUACGUUUCCAUGUGUAAUUAAGGCAUGCUCAGAUGUUAAGGAGAUUUUAGAAGGUAGGAAGGUUCAUGGAUUGCUGUUUAAAUUUGGGUUGGAGCUGGAUAUCUUUGUUGGAAGUGCCUUGGUUCAUUCUUAUUUGAAGUUUGGCUUCACGGAUGAGGCACAUCAACUGUUUGAGGAAUUGCCCAUCAGAGAUGUUGUGCUAUGGAAUGCAAUGAUUAAUGGGUUUGCACAAAUUGGGCAGCUUGGCAGGGCACUGGAGGCUUGUAAGAAGAUGGUUGAAGAAGGGGUUGUUCUGAGUAAUUUUACAGUUACUGGGAUCUUAUCAAUUUUUUCUAUGAUGGGGGACCUUAAUAAUGGGAGGGCAAUUCAUGGUUUUGCAAUGAAAAUGGGUUAUGAUUCUGGUAUUGCAGUUUUAAAUGCACUGAUUGAUUUGUAUGGAAAAUGCAAAUGGGUUGAGGACGCAUUGAAGAUUUUUGAGAUGAUGCCAGAGAAGGAUAUAUUUUCAUGGAACUCUAUAUUAUGUGUUCAAGAACAGUUUGGUGAUCAUGGUGGAACUUUGAGGUUUUUCGAUAGGAUGUUACGAGCUGGGGUUAAACCUGAUUUGGUCACAGUCACUACUGUCCUACCGGCUUGCACUCAUUUGGCAGCGUUGAUGCAUGGUAGGGAGAUUCAUGGUUACAUGAUUAUUAAUGAAUUGGAGAAAGAUGGUGAUGAUAAAGAUGAUGAUGUGUAUGUUAAAAAUGCCGUUAUGGAUAUGUAUGUAAAAUGCGGGAGUAUGAGGGAAGCUCGUUUGGUUUUUGAUAAGAUGAACUACAAAGAUGUGGCAUCAUGGAAUAUCAUGAUUAUGGGGUAUGGCAUGCACGGGUUUGGAGGUGAGGCGCUAGAUAUGUUUUAUGGCAUGUGUGAGGCACAAUUGAGGCCUGAUGAGGUGACUUUUGUUGGAGUUUUGUCAGCAUGCAGCCAUGUAGGCCUCGUAAGCCAAGGCCAAGAGUUUCUUGUGCAGAUGCAGUCGCAAUAUGGGGUGGUUCCAACCAUUGAACAUUACACCUGCGUGAUUGACAUGCUUGGUAGGGCUGGGCAGCUCGAGGAGGCUUAUGAACUGGUGUCAGCUAUGCCAAUUGAGGCCAAUCCAGUGGUAUGGAGGUCUUUCCUAGCAGCAUGUCGGCUCCAUGGGAAUGCAACUUUGGCUGAGGUUGCUGCACAGCAGGUGUAUGAGCUUGAACCAGAACACUGUGGAAGUUAUGUAUUAAUGUCAAACACUUAUGGUGCAGUUGGUCGAUAUGAGGAGGUAUCAGAAGUGAGAUAUACAAUGAAGCAACAAAAUGUGAAAAAGGCGCCAGGGUGUAGUUGGAUUGAACUCAGUGAUGGAGUCCACAUUUUUGUAACUGGUGACCGGACACAUCCUGAAGACUACUUGAUUUAUGCUAGAUUAAAUUCAUUAACUAUUCGCAUGUAUGAGCACGGGUACUAACCGCGUUCUAACGCAUUAUAACGCUCCUGCUGCAUGCUUCCUAACAUUUUUCUGCUUGCUGUCUAACGUUUUACAGAGACAAAUGGAACCGCUUGGUUGUCUAGUAGAAGAAUUCUACUCCUUCCUCACCGAAUAA